AUGUCUUUACGAAACUUGAAGCUAACUAAACGCAUAGCUACUGGAAAGCUACCACAAACCCCUCCAAAAGUUACAGUAGCCAAGAUGGCAGAACAAGAAGAAGAUUUCAGUUCUCUACCCCUCCCUGAUAGAUUUCAACAUAAGAUAUGGAAAGUAAGGAAAGCAGCAUAUGAAGAUGCAGCAAAACAAUUCGGAAUCUCACCAGAUGAACAUGCCCCGGUGUUUAAACCAUUCCUUAACGACCCUGGAUUAUGGAAGGGGGCGGUGGCAGACUCGAACGUUGCGGCACAACAAGAUGGUAUCGCAGCUUUAUGUGUUUUUCUCAAGUUUGGUGGACGUGAGCACUGUACCAGAACACGAAGUCAUACAUUAACUUCAUUAGUCGAAAAGGGACUAAGUUCAACAAGAGCUGCUACCAAAGCAUCUGCCCUCGAAGCCAUUUUGUUAUAUGUCGAAUUGGAUAUAGCUGCUCCCGUCGUCGAAGAGCUUAUCCCCGCGUUGUCGAAUAAACAACCAAAAGUCGUCGCAGCAGCUGUAGCCGCACUGGCUGCCAUAUAUCAUAAUUAUGGAUGUAAGACGGUGGACCCCAAACCAGUUCUCAAAAUUCUUCCAAAGCCCUUCGGCCACGCAGACAAGAACGUACGUGCGGAAGCCACAAAUUUGGCCAUCGAGUUUUAUAGAUGGUUGCGAGAGGCCAUGAAGCCAAUGUUUUGGGGAGACCUCAAGGCCACACAACAAACGGAUAUGGAAGCUCAAUUUGAGAAGAUCAAGGGAGAACCAGCGCCAAAACAAGAACGAUUUCUCAGAUCACAACAAGCGGCAAUGUCUAGAGCGCCUCCUCCAGGUGAAGCCGGCGCAGAAGAGGAGGAUGAGUUGGAGGCUGAAGCUGUCGAAAUUGACGCAUUUGACUUGGCUGAACCGCAAGAUGUAUUGUCCAAGGUCCCUGCAAAUUUCCAUGAUCAAUUGGCCUCCUCAAAAUGGAAAGAACGAAAAGAAGCGCUAGAGGCUUUGUACACCUGCGUCAACGUUCCAAGAAUCAAGGACGCCGACUUUGGUUUGGUAAUUCAUGGUCUGGCGAAAUGUAUGAAGGACGCUAAUAUUGCAGUUGUCACCCAAGCUGCACAGUGUGUUGAGGUUUUGGCUCAAGGUCUACGGAAAGGAUUCACUAAAUAUAGAUCCGUUAUUCAAAGUCCUAUUAUGGAGAGGUUAAAGGAGAAGAAGGCAUCGGUCUCGGAUGCUCUUGGUGCUGCACUAGAUCAGGUAUUUGUAGCAACGAGUUUCACGGAAUGCCUGGAGGAAACUAUCGAGUUCUUGAAACACAAAAAUCCUCAAGUUAAGGAGGGAACUGUUAAGUUUUUGAUUAGAUCACUCAGGACAACUCGAGAUGCUCCUUCUAAAGCCGAAGUUGGUCAGAUUUCAGAAGCCGCCAAGAAGUUACUUGCUGAGUCGAGUGAGGUAUUGAGGUCUAGUGGAGCUGAAGUCUUGGGUACAGUCAUGAAGAUUAUGGGCGAGCGUGCAAUGGGGCCUCAUGUUGAAGGGCUCGAUGAAAUUCGGAAGACAAAAAUCAAGGAAUUUUUCGAAUCUGCAGAAGUGAAGGCAAAGGAUAAGCCUAAGCCUCCACCCGCUCCUGUAGCUCCUAAAGCUGCCCCAGCAGCAGCACCCAAGAAGAUGGUAAAGAAGGCAGCCGCAAAGAAACCACCUCCAGCACCAAGUCAAUAUGCCCAACAAGCCCCGUUAGAGCCUCAGCCCACAUCCAGAAGUGCCGCUGGAUUAAAGAAGCCACCUGGUCUUGGAUUGAAGCCGCCCGGAAAGAAAGUGGUACCACCAGCACCUGCUUCGCCCAAACGUGCCGCCCCGUCACCAGCUCCAUAUGAAGAAGAAGAAGAAGAAGCUCCACCUCCACCUCCACCUCGUGUGGGUCUAGGCCGUGGUCCUGCUGGCCGAUCCUUGGCAAAAGCGCCAGCCGCCAAUGCAGCUCCUCCUAUGUCAAUGUCACCUCCGCCGAAUGCCGGUUUGACUGCCUUGGAGAAGGCUGAGUUGGAAGAAUUGCGACUGGACAAAGAUCGAUUAUUACGCCAGGCUGACGAAUUACGCCAAGAACGCUCGCGACUCAAUUCCGAGAUUCAAGAAUUGAAGAAUCAAAAUGCACAGCUAAUAGAGGAUCACACGCGAGAUGUCUUAUCUAUCAAAGCAAAGGAAACCCAACUUGUUCGCUCGAGAGCAGAUGCCGAAACAGCGGAAGCAAUGUGUGCGCAAUUAAGGAGGGAGCAGCAGAGGUUAAAGCAUGCCUUGUCAGCCGCCGAAAGAGUCAGUAAUCAUAGCCCAUCUAGAGGAUUAACAAGCCCCGGACGUGAUGGUGCUCACGAUGAAGGUGGAAUAUACCGUGAAUCUAUGUAUGGCGCCCCAUCAGAUGGUGGACGACAAGAAUAUAGAAGUCGUCCCCGUAUGUCUAUGACAUCGUCAAUUGGAGAAGAUAAAGAAAAUGGGGCUGGCCCAUAUGGCCGUAACAUGCUAAGCCCUGAUUUGGAACCAGCAAGCAAUGGAAGAUCAAGUGCUGCAAGUGGUAGUGGCAGGGCUAGUCCGGCACCAACAUCUUACCCAAGUGAGCGCAUGUCUAGAAUUGGUGGUACUGCCAGUGGCAAUGGAACAGGAGUGGAAAGCUGGAAGAGGGCUGCCGAGGUCACAAGUGCUUUGAAGGCUAAAAUUGAGCUAAUGAAGGCACGGCAAAACAUAUCAAAACAUUGA